GGUUGUUUGUUGCCGAGUGGGGUCGAGUGUUGUAUGUGUGUGAGGAGUGUGUUUUUUUUCUCUCAUUCUCUCCGUUCCCCCCACCUUUCUGUCUCUCCCUUUCUCUCUAGACUGGCGAUUUAACAGUGGGCUUGUGUGUGUGUAUAUAUAUAUAUUGGGCAGGAGGAGGGGAGGUAUUCAGCCUUUCGUCGGCGGCCGCCCCGUCGAGCGUUGCUCGAAUGCCGAAGAAGUCAAGCCGGGGCGGACAUCGGGCGAGUGGCCCUGGCCUGUGAGGCGCACUCUGCUUUGGUUGACAGCGCUUUCUUCCUUUUUUUCCCCUCUACCCCCUCGCUCUUGAAGCUCUUACACAGGACGGGUGUGUGAAGGGUGACUUUCUUGCUUCAAUCGGCGAAUUGACACAUUUCGAAUCAACAUGAAGGCGAUCGAUGAGCCUCCAUAUCUGACAGUUGGAACUGACGUGAGUGCGAAAUACAGAGGAGCAUUCUGUGAAGCCAAGAUCAAGACAGCGAAAAGACUUGUCAAAGUUAAGGUCACUUUCAAACAUGAUUCUUCAACUGUGGAAGUGCAAGAUGAUCACAUCAAAGGUCCACUCAAGGUAGGAGCUGUUGUUGAAGUGAAGAACCCUGAUGGAACAUGCCAAGUAGCUGUAAUCAAUAAGCUGACUGAUGCAAGUUGGUACACUGUAGUUUUUGAUGAUGGCGAUGAGAGAACACUGAGACGGACUUCGCUCUGCCUGAAAGGGGAGAGGCACUUUGCAGAGAGUGAGACACUUGACCAGUUGCCUCUUACUAAUCCAGAACACUUUGGCACCCCUGUGAUUGGAAAGAAAUCUAACCGGGGAAGAAGGUCCAAUCCACUAUAUAAAGCUGAAAGUAGCAGCUCAAAGUGUGACCGUCCUGUUCAAUUAAAAAGUCCUGAUGAUGAAGAAGAGUCAUCUUCAUCCAGUGAUGAGGAUGAUGAAGAAAGAAGAUUAAAUGAUGAACUAAUUGGUAAAAUUGUCUGUGUGGAGUGUGCAAAUGGAGACAAAAGGAAGACCUCACGGUACCCAGCUUUGGUAAUUUCUCCAGACUGCAGUGAUGAAGUCACAGUGAAAAAGGACAGCGUGUUGGUUCGUUCUUUCAAGGACGGCAAAUUGGUGGCUGUACCCAGGAAGGACAUUGCAGAAUUUAACAGCGAGAUGGCCUCAAAAUAUGAUACAGCAAUGAAGGAAGCAUUGGAUCAAGCUUUAGAGUUCUUGAAGAGUGGUGCUAUCCCCAAUAAUUGGAAGACUGAGCUGAAAGAAGAGAGCUCAAGCAGUGAUGAAGAGGGACGUGAUGAAGAAGAGAGCAGUGAGGAGGAGGAAGAGGUGGAACCUUUUCCAGAGGAAAAGGAGAAUUUUCUACAACAACUAUACAAGUUCAUGGAGGACAGAGGUACUCCAAUCAACAAACGUCCUGUGCUUGGAUACAGGGAUUUGAAUUUAUUCAAGCUGUACAGACUUGUACGUGAACUGGGCGGAUUUGAUAGUAUUGAAAGUGGUGCUGUGUGGAAGCAGGUCUAUCAGGAUCUAGGAAUCCCUGUGAUGAAUUCUGCGGCGGGUUACAAUGUGAAAUGCGCAUACAGAAAAUACUUGUGCGGUUUUGAGGACUAUUGCAAGUCAGCUAACAUUCAAUUUUCCACAUCACUGCAAGAGAAUGUUCAAAAAGAAAAAGAGAAGAAAGAAUGUGAAAAAGAUCAUGGCAACCUUGAUCAUAAAGAGGAGAAAGAAAAGGUCGAAAAUGCUAAACGAGCAACAGUUGAACUUGAAAAUGAGAGUGAAUGCAAAAGCAUUCAUGAUGAUGAUGAUGAUGAACUAAAGGAUCAGGAAACAAAAUCACUGAAGACGCGAAAGAAGUAUCCAUCGGAAAUUCCAGUACAGAUUCCAGACUCCAGAAAAGACAGCAGCAAAGUGAAAACUGAAGACUGUGAAGAAAGCAAAGGAAAUCAAAUCAAUAGUGUGAAAGACUUUACCAGAUGUAAAACUGAAGAGUUAAAAACAGAAAAAUUGGAAAAUAAUGGAAAACAGGGAGACGAAAGCAGUAAAGAGGAUGAGGAAGAUGAAGAGGAUGAGGAAAAUGAAGAGGAGGAAGAUGAUGAUGAAGAGAGGGAAGAGGAGGAGGAGGAGGAAGAAUUUGAGUGCUAUCCAGCAGGAAUGAAAGUUCAAGUGAGAUAUGGUCGAGGAAGAAACCAGAAGUUGUAUGAAGCGAGCAUUAAAGAUUGUGAUGUAGAGGGUGGAAUGGUCCUGUACCUGGUGCAUUACUGUGGCUGGAAUGUGAGGUACGAUGAAUGGAUUAAGGCAGAAAAAAUAGUGCGACCUGCAGACAAAAAUGUCCCAAAAAUUAAACACAGAAAGAAAAUAAAGGUAAGCACAGUGGCAUGUGGCCAUCCUUAGCCAGACAGCUAAGGU